CGGGGCGCGGAAGCUGCAGUUGUGGUUCCAGGACGCGCUCCAAGCGCGCGGUUGAAAGGGCUGCCCUGGGUCGUAAGGGCGACGAGAGGGUGGCGACCGGCGUUGAGAAGUGGAAAAAGUGGAAACGGCUCAGCCCAAGGCUGCUUCUGCACUUUGUCGUUUGCAUUUUUGGAGGAGGAAGAACUGUUUGCACUUUUAGAGGGAGGGUAGAACUGUUUAGUCACAGCUGUUAUUAUUAGCAGGCCGGAGUGCUGCGGCUGGUGGAAGACCAAAGUUGAAUUCCUGAAUUGGUGCUUUAAGAAUAAGGUAACCGCGUGAGAUGGCAGAAGCUCACCAAGCUGUGGCCUUUCAGUUCACCGUCACUCCAGACGGGAUCGAUCUCCAGCUGAGCCAUGAAGCCCUGAAACAGAUCUGUCUCUCUGGCCUGCACUCCUGGAAAAAGAAGUUCAUCCGAUUCAAGAAUGGGAUCAUCACUGGCGUGUUCCCGGCCAGUCCUUCCAGCUGGUUCAUCGUGGUGGUGGGUGUGAUGUCAUCCAUGUACACCAAGGUGGACCCUUCCUUGGGGAUGAUCGCGAGGAUCAGCCGGGCCCUUGACAACACCGGCUACAUGUCCACCCAGACGAAGGAUGUGGUCAGCUGCUUCCUGUUCGGCACGGGCCUGUGGGUGGCGCUCAUCUUCACUAUGCGCUACUCCUUGAGGGUGCUUCUGUCCUACCACGGCUGGCUGUUUGAGGAACACGGCAAGAUGAGCCGCAGCACCAAGAUCUGGAUGGCCAUGGUCAGGAUCUUUUCAGGUCGGAAACCCAUGCUGUACAGCUUCCAGACCUCCCUGCCCCGCCUGCCUGUGCCAGCGGUCAAAGACACCGUGAACAGGUAUCUGGAAUCAGUGAAGCCGCUCAUGAAGGAGGAGGAAUUUAAGCGGAUGACAGUGCUUGCCCAGGAUUUUGCUGUUACUCUUGGACCAAGACUUCAGUGGUAUUUGAAGUUAAAGUCCUGGUGGGCCACAAAUUAUGUGAGCGACUGGUGGGAGGAGUACAUCUACCUCCGGGGCCGCGGGCCACUGAUGGUAAACAGCAACUACUAUGCUAUGGAGCUGCUGUAUGUCACCCCGACUCCCAUCCAGGCCGCAAGAGCAGGCAACACCAUCCACUCCAUCAUGCUGUACAGACGCAAGCUGGACCGGGAGGAAAUUCAGCCGACCCGUCUUGCUUCUACGAUUCCCCUCUGCUCGGCGCAGUGGGAGCGGCUGUUUAACACCUGCCGGAUCCCGGGGGAGGAGACAGACACCAUCCAGCACCUCAAGGACAGCCGGCACAUCGUGGUGUACCACAGGGGCCGCUUCUUCAAGGUUUGGCUCUAUCACAAUGGGCGGCUCCUGAAGCCCCGCGAGCUGGAGCAGCAGAUACAGUGGAUCCUGGAUCACCCGUCGGAGCCUCAGCCCGGGGAGGCCAAGCUGGCCGCCCUCACCGCCGGAGACAGAAUACCCUGGGCCAAAUGUCGCAAGACCUACUUUGCACGUGGAAAAAAUAAGCAGUCUCUAGAUGCCGUGGAAAAAGCAGCAUUCUUCGUGACACUAGACGAAACCGAGCAGGGAUACAGAACGGAAGACCCAGAAGCGUCCUUGGACAGCUAUGCCAAGUCCCUCCUGCACGGCCAGUGUUACGACAGGUGGUUUGACAAGUCCCUCACGUAUAUCGUCUUCAAGAACGGCAAGAUAGGGAUGAAUGCAGAGCACUCCUGGGCAGACGCCCCCAUCGUGGCCCACCUGUGGGAGUAUAUCAUGGCCACGGACUGGUUUCAGCUGGGCUACGAGGAGGACGGCCACUGUAAAGGGAGCACCAACCCCAGCCUCCCCUGCCCCACCAGGCUGCAGUGGGACAUCCCAGAAGCAUGCCAGGAGGUGAUACAGGCCUCCCUGAACACUGCGACCCUUCUGGCAGACAAUGUGGACAUGAACUCUUUCCCCUUCCACACCUUCGGGAAAGGACUCAUCAAGAAGUGCCGCACCAGCCCAGAUGCGUUCAUCCAGCUCGCCCUGCAACUGGCCCACUACAAGGAUAUGGGCAAGUUCUGCCUCACAUACGAGGCCUCCAUGACGCGACUCUUCCGAGAGGGGAGGACCGAGACUGUGCGCUCCUGCACCUCAGAGUCCUGCAAGUUCGUCCUGGCCAUGGUGGACCCCACUCAGACGGCGGAGCAGAAGCUCAGGUUGUUUAAGGCAGCGUGUGAGAAGCAUCAGCACAUGUACCGCCUGGCCAUGACCGGCGCUGGCAUCGACCGCCACCUCUUCUGCCUCUAUGUGGUCUCCAAGUACCUUGCCGUGGAGUCCCCUUUCCUGAAAGAGGUUUUAUCAGAGCCUUGGCGAUUGUCUACAAGCCAGACCCCACAGCAGCAGGUAGAGCUCUUUGACUUCUCCAAGUACCCAAACUACGUGUCUGGCGGAGGGGGCUUUGGACCGGUUGCUGAUGAUGGCUAUGGUGUGUCUUACAUCCUUAUCGGAGAGCACUUCAUCCACUUCCACAUUUCUUCCAAAUUCUCCAGCCCCGAAACAGAUUCUCACCGCUUUGGGAAGCACCUGAGAGAAGCCAUGGGCGACAUCAUUGCCUUGUUUGGGCUCACAGAGAAUUCCAGAAAGUAAUUGACCUGGCGCCACAGUGAAGGGAAAUGGACUCUUCUGAAACAAACCAAAUGAAGAAUAGGUAUCAAUCCUGGGUGUCGUUCAGGAUGAAAGUUGCCCUUAGAAAAGUCGCAAGUUUUCCUUCCAGCAAGAUCUCGUUGUUUCUGUCUCCCUGGAGCUGUUGGUACACUGUGAAAGGCGACCCUGCUACUUCUGGGUUGGCCCUGGACUUAGCACCCCCUAUUGUACUUCUUAAGGGAUUAGAGUAUUACUGGGUUAACAAAGGAAUUAGCAGGGUUGUGGCUUCACAUGUAUUGGAAAUGUAAAUGACAUGCUUCCUCCAAGAUGACCAGGUACCUGGUACUUGCCGGUCACAGCGAUGUAAGCUUGGCUUCAUGAAAAAGAAGCGCUGUUUCCAUUGGCAGUGUAACAGUUACAGCUGACACAGUGCACUAGCUGAAAAUGCUGUGCCUGGGGUUUGUCACCGGGUGUGACAGUCCUCGGUUUGGUAGCCUGUGACUGCGUCUCCAUGCUUGAAGCGGGUCGUAGACCUCAGCCUUAGAGUUCCUUAGCCUGCGUGUCUUCAAACCCAGUGCCUUAAACGUGAAGGCGGGUGGGGGAGAGGCAUAGGAAAUGUUUAUUUUGUGUCAUCUUUGUGAAGGCGGGUGGGGGAGAGGCAUAGGAAAUGUUUAUUUUGUGUCAUCUUUGUGUGGCACUGGAGUCGGGGGGUCGUUGCCCCCUUCUCAGUUCGAUGAGUGUAGCUAACCCGAAAUAACUGUUUGCUAUGGCUCCCCUUCCCUACAAGACCAUUCCCCCUGCCAGGGGUAGUGCUGCUGGGUUCCGCUCCUUGGCUUUCUGUCACUGUUAGGCAGCAAACUAGACCAGUUGUGUCAGAAAGGGGAACAAAGGACACAAUGGCCAGCUGCUACCUAUUUGGAGAUGUGGCUGAAGAAUACAAUGCUGUGCAUGCCUCAGGAUGAACGUGUCCCCUUGCUUACAAGUGAGGAGAGCCAGGCUCUGGCCACCGGGACAGCAGCGGAGUUUGAGGGAGGGCAGGUCCACCUCGCCAUGGCCUGGAGAUGGAGGUCUUCCUGGACACCAGCAGAUUUCCUUCUGAUCCCACCUGGUCAGAGAGGACUUGGUUCUCUUUCUAAAGGAGCUGGAGGUGGCUGGAAGUGGCAGGCUGGAUCCUCUGGGUGACACAGCCAAGUGUCACAGCUGAUGGGUACUAGGUGCACACAGCCUGUCCUUAGAUAGGAGUGCCUUUACCGAAAGCGCCUGAUUGACCACAAAGCAGUUAAUCAUCGUCUGUAUUUACUGUAGAUGUAAAGAUCAUGGAAUAACAUUCCCACUGCCCCUGUCUGGCCUGUUGUGACAAACUUACAUGUCCAGUUUUUAAGCUGUGUAUUUAUUUCUCUGACCACUUUGUCCUCACCGGCUUUGCCCCACUUCUGUGCUCUGGUGGAACAAAAGUGCAGGUGUGGUACAGGAGUACACACAAGGCCCUCACUAAUGAACAGAUGCAUACUUAUUUGUGUAUAUUUUGCAGUGUAAAAUUCCCACUUAAAUGGGCCAAAGAUUUUUUCCUCUUAAAAUUAAGGAAUUAAAAACAAAAGGAAAAAAACAACAGUAACAUUCCCCCCAGAUCUUCUGUGGUGUACACAGUGAGGCAGGUUUGGGGAGAAAUCACUGCCUCUGCCCAGGCAAAGUGUAACUUCUGGCCAAGAGGCAGUGGCCAGCAGCAGUUUCUAUCUGGGCCACCUGGAUCGUGAAGUAAUGACCACUGACCAGUCUAUCACCAUGCGUUCACACAUGAAUUAGUGCUCAAAGUGUUUGGGCUUCCUUCUCAGGUUUUAAAUGUUUCAAAUGUAAUUGUUGCUAAUCAGUGCAGUUAUCAAUGCAGUUUUAUAUUCUUUAAAGGAAAGAAGAGUGGGUUUUUAUUAUACAUGUCAAAAGGGGGAGGUAAGAGUAUUAUGUAUUUAAUUUAAUUUGGAACAAAUGAUAGUCUUAACUCAGCCACUGUUUGAAUUUGUUACUGUAAUCUGUCCUUGGCGUGUAAAUACCAUAUGCUCUGUGGAUGUAAGUCUUAGAAAUGCAUGAUGUGCAUGUAGGUUAUCAUUAAUAAAACAUUAAUUCCUGUCCACUACA